UUGUCUGAAGUGAUCUAUGCAUCGAUCAUAUGACCAGAGAGUAGAUAUCCUCUGGAGGCAUCUGCCUUGGAAAGCUUUAGAUGUCUUCUAUUUGUCCCAUGUCUUUUUCCCGGUCCCUGCCCAUGCACAAAAUGCUGUUGGGCAUAUCGGAGCGGGGCAUGCCGUCAGCCUUCUUCGCGUGGCGGUCGCAGCACGGGACGUCGCUGGUGGGCAUCCUCUUCUCUGCGUUGGGCGUCCUUGGCGUAGACAGGGAAGUAGCUCGGCGCGACUUCCGCCCGACGUCCUUGGGCCACCGCGAGGCCCGUGUGCCCUGGGACUGCCUCACAUGGAGCUCGGCCAGGUUCGCGCUCUCCUAUCUCGCACCGACACCUGGGAGCAGCAGGGCCUGCCGUCGCACGUGAUGCUCAGCGGGACGAUGCGGCCAAAUCCUCACCAGGUUAUGCAAGGACAAGCACAGCGUGUGGUUCAACGCACACGUCGAGGUGGAGCGUCUUAGCCUCCAUGACUACCACGCCG